AUGGGUCUGGCAUACAACGUGUACCUCACUUCCAACAAAAUCUUCGGCUGCAAGCAAUGCAAGACGCAUCUUGCCGACUACAAUGACAUCGUCAGCCGGAAUUUUCGUGGUCAACAUGGCAAAGCGUAUCUAUUCAACACCGUCGUUAACAUCACGCAGUCCGAGGCUGUCGAGCGUAGCAUGACUACGGGGAAACAUGUGGUGCGGGACAUUUCAUGCAGGCAAUGCAAGGAAACGGUAGGAUGGAAAUACGACAAAGCAUACGAGACCAGCGAGAAAUACAAGGAGGGCAAGUUCAUUCUAGAAGAAGAGCUUUUGUGUGUGGUGUGUUAG